CUGAUCUUGUGGUUCAGAGAUAAAGGUUGUUGGUGGGCACAAGGUUGAAGAAUACUAAAUUUUCAGUGAGAAUAAACCUAGCUGUUGAAAUUAAAUCCAGACCUAGGUACAGUGUAGCUAUAACUGUGUCUGUUUUAGACUUAAUUGGCAUCCUGUGUAGGAUAAAGGAAAUCCAGCAAUAACCUGCAAUUCAUGGUUUGAUCACCAUCAACUUGACUGGAUUGAUUGUAGAAGUUGGCCUGAGAUUUUGCAGCAUGGAGGACACAGCCCCUGAUUUCCAAGAUCUUCUUGCUGCUUUUGACAUCCCAGACAUGAGGGUCAAGAUCAGUGAAGUUCGCUCCUUGGCCCCUGUCUCAACCUCUUCCCCCAAUUCGACCACAAAGACGGUCACCACAAGCUCUUCAGCCACUGCUGCCAGCGUGAAACAAGAGCCAGGCUCAUCAGGCGAUGGCGAUCAGACUCCCUGGCAGGAUGCUGGCUUAGUUGACGGUAGGGCACAGGAGACAGAAGAAAUGCAAGGGGUUCAAGCUCAAACCUCCCAGGAGGGGGACCUGCCAUUUGAGAGUCCCUUAGCUGUUACGGGGCUGGAGACCGGUGCCCAGACCCUCCUGAAUGGGCCAGUCACAAAUGGCAACACCAUGGGCAGUGUUGCAAUGCCACAUUUAGAGACACCCCCAUCGUACCAGCACGCAAAAGUCUUCUCAUCCACGCUCAUGGCAAAUUCCUGGGCAACUGCAGUCUCUGGAAAUACAAACCCGCCAGUAAGCGUGGCUCCCAAACAAGCCAAAACAGACAAGCCCUCAUUAGUGUUGGUUUCCCAGGUGAGAGGCACCAGACCGAUUUCUUCUGCAGCAAGCACCAGGCCAUCAGGUGUCAUCACAUCUCCCAUCACCGUGUCUGUAAAUGCAAAUAUGGUGAACAACAACAAGCACUCUAAGGCCCCUCCGUUGUUAAUGGGCAAUAACGUCCAAUCUGCAGUCAAUAGGGGCAAAACCUCUACAAUAAUCGUGGACCUUUCCAAAUCCACUCAGGGACUUCAACCAAUCACAGGAUACCAGAUAUCGCAGGUCUCGGCUAAGGAUCUUCUGAAGCGCAUGAACCCUAUCCCAAAGUUUGUGCCCAGUCCCAAUUUCAACCAACCCAGGGCAGUGGUAGGGGUUAGAGAUGCCAACUCUGUCAAGAAGAGGUACCCAUGUGAGGAAUGCGGGGACAUCUUUCUGAUCGAGUCCAGCCUGAAGUUACACAUGGAGCGCCACAGUGUGCACAUUGCCUUCAAAUGCGUCCUUUGUGUCGGCAGCCGGUGCCUGGUAUUCUACAACAAGUGUAGCUUCCAUGCACAUCUGCGUUAUCACGGUCAACAAAACAAGGUGAAGAUCAACUUUAACAGCGCAUACAUGAAUGCCACAGUCUCCUCUCUGACGUACUCCAGGCCCUCGACCCCGGUGAUUGUUUCGGUGUCAGAUGCCAUUAAGGUCUCUCGUGAAAGUGAGUCAAUCAAAAGUAGCACUCCUGACAACCUACAUGUAACCUUGUCGACCAAGGAAACGGAACCAACCAGGAUAGCACAACCAACUAGCAAAUCUGGCGGUGCCACUAUUCUUGUAAGAUCUGCUCCGGACGAAUUAGGCAUCAAUGCUUGCCCGGUAUGCUUAAUAAGAUUCACCUCCGAGUCAGCCCUUCAGUCCCACAUGCAGCGCUACCUGCCAAACCAGGAUGUAAUAUGUGAUGCCUGCAAGAUGACCCUUCCCAACAGGUGCCAGCUGAGGCUGCACAGCAUCAUGCACAGCAGCCUAACUGGCAAGUGGACAUGCCCUGAAUGUGCCAGACCUAUUUCUUUGCUGAAAGCCUUCCACAACCACAUAUCCAACAACUGCAUGCACUGGUACCGACAGGUGCGCGUGCAGUGCAAGCUGUGCUCCAGAAUGGUCGGCGACUAUGUCCAGCACUUAGACAAGGGGCAUGAGAUGCUGUUCUACAGGUGCGUGUCCUGCUCCAUGGCAUUCAAGAAUCUCCCUGCUCUGAAAGACCAUAGUGAACGGAAGCACAAGGUCCAGCCUGGUGCUCCUCUCUGCCGCAUCAUCUCCAAAUGUCCCUUCUGCGAGACAGUCUUCAUGCAGAAGCCGCUGCUGUUGGCUCACAUAAAGAUGCACAUCCAGCAGGAUGGAGCUGCCAAGAGCAGAGCCUGGGUCUACUGCUGUCCAAAGUGCUCCACCACCUUCAGCCACUUGACCAACUUCAGGAAGCACAUGAUCACGUCGCACCCCACUGUGAAGCACUUCCACUGUGACUUGUGUCGUCGUAAUUUUCCAAGUUAUGAGGACCUGGCUUUCCACUUUGAGACUGGGAAAAAGGGUGCUGGAUCGCCAGCUUCGGUUUGCCUGGCUGCAAAGCUCCGCACUUUCAAGAAAAAUCAAGGUCCCAUGAACAUUUGUAAAACGGUCACAAUAAAACUGUCGGAGGCACCCAGUACAUCUAAAUCAACCAACGCCACCAAGUCGCCCAAUGCAUCCAAAUCACCCAACGCAUCCAAAUCACCAAACACAUCCAUGUCUCCUGACGAUGUAAAAAAAGAGGAGGAACCCUUGGGUAAACUCUAUGUUAAGAAAACCCGAACUUGUCCAGGAUGUAAGAAAAGUGGCAAAGUGGUCUCCUUUUCAAAAGGGGAGGAACUCAGAGCACACAUGAGCAAAGCCCAUCCAGAAAUGAAAAUGUCUUCGAUCAAUCCAGAGGCAUGUUUCCGAUAUGUGACCAUCAAGCCCAAGGACGACACCAGCAAGAAUGCGGAUGCCACACCAAGCCCCCACACUACAGAGAGCUCCAAUAAGCGGAAGAGCAGCGGAGAGAUGCCAUACGACAGCCCCCAGCCAAAGAAGAAGUCCAAGUUUGUCCUCCCCAGUGAGUUCACCUGCGCCAAGAUGGAUUGCAUUUUCCAAUCCAAAGACCGGACCGAGUUCAAGACCCACAUUCAGAGUCACCGUCAUGCCCCGUCUCUCCCCCAGUGUGAGGAGUGUGGGAUGUGCUUCCGAGUGGGGGCAGCGCUCAAGAGGCAUCUUUUCAUCCAGCACAGCAUCAGGGAAUUUGACACCUACAUGAGGCUGCUUCGGGGAGCUAGCCCUUCACCUCCACCAGAGGAAACCACCUCAAGCCCGAAAGCAGUACAAGAGACCUCAGAACAGGUACAUGUACUGCCACCAACAUCCUCAGCUGGGGUUUCAGACAAACCCACUAUCCUGGAGUGUCAGGUGUGCUACAAGACAUUUCAAAAUGAAGGGACCCUACGCACCCACAUGCGAAACCAUGGCAUGGCGUUUAUUCGCUCAAAACGCUCUAUCAGUAGUGAUUAAACAAAGAGAUCCCUAUGGAGUGUUCCAACAUAUUUUGUGAAACAUUUGUAAAUUUUUGAGCCUUGAACCUAGCAGUGUGCAUAGAUGAUUAGGUCAACAAAAUUGAUCUGACUUGAAACUGAUUUUUGUUCAGUGUGGGUAGGGUUUGGCAUCAAUUAAGUUAGGCCAGUUUCCAUUUUGCUUCUGAGGUUCAGAAUAUAAGAAAACUGAGCAAUACAAAAAAAGAAAAGGCAAUCAACUGAACUCUUUUGAACAUCUUGCACGAGUGAAAAUGAUCCACUGCGAUAGCUUCAAGGGGCCAAGACCCGGGUCUGAGUGUACUGUAGUAAUUCCUCAGGCACCUUCUGGCACAACUAAACGCACAAGUUAGGGUCAGUUAUGGACAGUUCAUUGAGUCAGAUUAUUGGUCUUAUUUGAUUGAUUUGGAUUCAGUUUCCAUCUCUCUUUUGGAUUUGAUGACGAGAAAAUUAUAUUUGCAGAGCAACUCAAUGUCAUAUUUUUUGAGAAGAUUUAUUCUAUCUCACCUCCACGCAACUGGUAUUCUUCUAUGAAAAACACACGUUUCACCUGGAAAAAACAUUCUGGAACAAAAUUUCAACGCACCAAUGAAUGCAAAAAAUCCCAACUGUAGACCGUUUUAAGCCAACCCAACCCAGGCUAACUAUUU